CAAUCAUACGACGAUUCAUGCUGCAAGCGUUCAGCUCUCAACAUGUAAAUGAAUGACGUUGGCUGGAUCAAAAACUGACAGCAUUCAACAGUAACUUUCCGCUGCAGGUCAGAACUGUAAGUCAGGUGGUUGGCCUCAUGUAAACGGAAGCUGUGUGAGUUUCACUCGGUGUUCUGCGGUUUAACGGGAGAAUAUACCGAGUAUAGUAACAUACCUCGCGCUUCAAGAAAAAAAACGGGAGACAAGAAAGAAUGACAGAUAUAAUGAACAACCCAGAUCACAGUCGAGGAGAAUUCACUGUGAGUGAUUCAGAAGAGCAAGGCGUUUCCUUUCAGAUUUUCCCAGACACACAGGAGCGCAACCCCAAGCUGUCAAAACGGCUGCCCUCCAUCGUGGUGGAGCCCACAGAGGGAGAGGUGGAGAGCGGAGAGUUACGUUGGCCCCCAGAUGACCUGAGAAGCACAAACUCUUCCAGCCAUAAGCACACACCCUCCCAAGAGAUCACACAGAUGUCAGAUUCACCGACCCAGAUAACUAACAGCAAGAGUGCAGAUGAAGCCAAGUGCAGCAGUGUGGAAACAUCAGGAGCUGCCGAGCGUAACUGAAAUGUAAUAAAGACAUUAUCGCAAGUCUUUUAUUAUCACAAGUCUCAGUUCUCACGCUGAAAAUUCACACAUAGAAACACAGACACACUUACAACGACUUGAGCAGCCAAUUUGGCAGGCAGGUGUAAAUAAGAUCACAAUGCCAUAUCUGAGCACCUUUCACAACUCAUUCAUGGCUUUAAAGAGACUCCUUUUCAACACUUUUUAAAAUUAUUUUCUGGUUUUCAAGAACAAACUCAUUUAAAAAGGACUACUGAGUUUGUAAUAGGACAAUACUGGCUUUACAAAAAAAAUAGCCAGUUUACUUUACAUCACAGCAAUGAUUCUCUGCUUGCUUUUGCUAGUCAUAAGUCAGUGGUAUUAGGGGGAGGGGCAUUCACAUUCUAAAAAGCAUUUGAUUGGACAAAAUAAGUGAGUGCAGUGUGAGUCAUCAGUAUUUUUUGUUCUGUACUCCUGAAAGAGAAAAUCUAUAAACGUUAACUUUUUAUGUAUGCUAAUAGUGAAUUUUGCCAAAGUUUAGGAGUACACUAGCAUACUGUAUAUAUGGCCUUGAAGCAAACAGACAUGGACUAGAAGCCACAAAAUGGGGUCUUUAAACAAACAAUAUAGUAUGGCCUUAAACAAGACUUAACCAAGAGUGAAAUAUUAAAUUAUUAAUUCUAAAUCAAAUGUGUUGUUUGACUUCUCUAUAACCAUUUCUCAGCUUUACAUUUAGAGAGAUGUAUUGAUUUGGUAUAGAUCUUUUUCACAGACUGUGAUGACGCAUUUCCGCCUUAUUUAGCAGCGUAAAUCUCUCAAAAUUUUUAAAUAAUAUAUAUGUUUUAAAUAUUGAGUGUAAAUUUGUAACAUUAUGCUUAUUGUUAUAUUGCCCUGGAAUUAGUUUUAAAAACAGAAUUACCAAAGCUGCGAGGGGGUUUCUAUGACAGCUGCUGAGAGAGUGACAGUUGACAUUUAAAUUAGAAGCCAAAUUUGCGUACUUUCCAAUUCACUCAGUUGGAAAUUUGCCAUCUUCUCCCAUUUGACUUGCUUAAUCCACUGCUCUCUUAUUUUUUCCUCUUCUGGAAAAUCAUUUAAAUGUAAUAGUUGUUUUGGAGCAAAUGGAUAAGUGAAUAUAAUAUUUGCUGUGGUCUCCCAUUCACUGCUGUCGAAGUUUACCCUGCAUACAUUUACUUCUGCGUUCCAAAACCCGGACUGUGAAAAAGGUCUAUUAUGCCUUUCACUUUGAUGUAUCCCAAAAGCCUGUUCACUCUCUAUAAUCAGACUACUGCAGUGACCACUGUGAAUCUCAUAUUCAUGUGAACAUUAUUCAUUACACCCUCAACGGUUGAAAACUUUCUCUGCACCAUCUGGCUGAAGCUUGUGAGGAACAAUUGCAACAGAACUUCAGACAUGUCAAUCAUUAUAAGGACAAGGACUUACUUAUCUCUCCAAGCCCUGUAUGACUCUGCAGAUUACAGAUAUUAGAGUCUUUCUAAGCUGUGCUAAACAUGCACAAUAGCUGGAGCUGGAAUCCCCCACUGGAUAGAGACUGCCUUUUUUAUAUGCUUGGUUCAGCUUAAAUAUCUGGCAUUAAUUCAUGUUGUUUGUUAAGGCAAGCAUCACUAUCACUACAGAGUGCAACAGUCUGGUUCUGGAAUAAAAAAAUUAUAAAAUAAAAAUAAAAAACGUGUUUAAUUUUCCCCAUAGAUAAUUUGUUUAAAAACUCUUUCUUAUAAACUUUUACAGACAGGCCGUAAGUGAGCUUACUUUUGCCAUUCUGCAAAUGUGCUAUUUACAGUCAGCUUUGACCUAUUUAUUCUAUGAGCUAAAGUAUCUGAUAAGAAAGAGAGUAGUAUUCAGCUUGUCAUGACAUCUCAACAUGCUUCAUGUAGAAUAAAAAAGCUUUUAUUAGGUUCUGACUGGAGUCUUCACCCUAUACAUGAUUUUAAACAUAUUUCAAAAGUAUUCUUCAUUUCUUUAGGGGUAAAAACAUUUUAAUGAGGAAAAAAAUACUGAGUGCACCUUUAAUAUAUAAAUCCCCAUGGUGAAACUGGCUUGAUAUUGUGUGUGUAUAUUGUAUAGAGUCUGUAUUUUAAAAGUACAUUUUGUUUACUGUAACAUUGUUAUAGUACUGUAACUAGAGGCUUGUGUUUCCUUUAACACACAUAAUCACUAUCAGAGGAUACCGCCAUCUCCUUUUAUAAUUGUUUUGGUUUGCAUGCAUUGAAAAUGUCUCUUGGUCCUCUUUUUUAAUUCAUAAAAUUAACCAGCAGAUGCAUCUUCUGGAAAGCUUUUGCAUUAAUCCUGAUCAGACCAUGUAAAAAUGUUUCUUUUAUUUCAUUUUAUUUACUAAGAUUGCAUCUGAUUGCCUUCUUUCAGUAAAAACAAAAAAAACAAAAACGUUUUUAAACAGGACAGUUGUUCCUAAUGUGUAUAUGUUGUUGAGCAGAUUUCGUUUUUUUAGUUUAGUUAAUAAAGAUUAAUAUUAGAUAACAGCUGAGUUUGUGUUCUUCAUCCAUUAAGAUUAAGAACUGGUCUGCAUCAUGCAAUAGCAUAUUAUAUUUACAGCAUUUAGCUUAAGAUAAUUUUUUUUUCUUUGAAAAUGUUGUUGGGUUUGGAUUAUGUGCACUGUGUUAAGUAAUUUUUAAGCUUGUACAACAAGAUGUCAUCUUGUCAGAUGUAAGGGUUGGGAGGGUUACUUUUGAAAUGUAUUCCUCUACAGAUUACAGAAAACAUGCUGUAAAAUGUCAUUUGUAAUGUAUUCUAUUAGAUUACUCAAGGUCAGUAACAUAUUCUAAUUACUUUGGAUUACUUCUUCAGCACUGGUAGAUUUUUUCACUUGUUUUGUCUAUAAACACAUUAAAACAAAAUACACAUGUUAAAAAUACAUUGUCUGAAAAACCUAAAUAUCUUAUGCAGUGUUGUUUCUAAAACAAGAUCAAUCAAAUUGAUCUUGUUUUAAGGAUUUUUAGAUAUUUUUACAGGAAAACAAAACAAAAAUUAUUAUCAAGAAUAAGAUUUUUGUCCUAAUAUCAAAGGUCUUACUAGAAAAAAAGAAAUCUAAAAUGAUCUAAAAAAAAUAUGAUCGUGCCUGGUAACAUGUGCAUGUAAAAUGGCUAGAAAUAGCAUUUCAGCUUAGUGUAAAGCUGAUAAUUUACACAAGGUUUAUUUCUAUUUCUUCUGCUCCAAACUUACUUCAGACUUACUUCUCUGUCUGCUCGUAUGAAUGUAACACAUCAUAAGAAAGUGUUUCACCGCUGUUCAAAUGCACUUUGGAUCGCAUCAUUUAUAUGUAUAAAUGUUUUCCAUCUGAAAGGACUAAAUAUUAAAUGAAACAAAUGACAAUAAAAUGCAAAGUAAUCUCUUCAGUAAUCAAAAUACUUUUUGAAUGUAACUGUAUUGUAAUUACCAAUGAUUUAAACUGUAACUGUAGUGGAAUACAGUUAAUUAUAUUUUGUAUUUUAAAUACGUAAUCCCAUUACAUGUAAUCCGUUACUCCCCAACCCUGUCAGAUGUUAUGAUGUUUUCCAGUGACUAUUUCUGGCAUUCCCAAACUGGGAAACAAUUUGAAAAUUCUUGAGGAGCAUCUAAUACUGUCAAUCACAACAAAAGUGUCUCUAACAUGUUAGUUAUUUUGAAUAACCUUCAACUCUAACACAUCUGUGGGUCGUUUCGCUUCAUUUUAAUAUACAUUUUGUUAUGUUUAAUUUUGUUAUCAAUGUGCAUUACGAUUCCAUUCAUUAACAUUAGUAAAUGCAUUCCUAUAUUUACUGUACAUUUUCACAUUGAGAAUAAAUGGGUUCUUCCAAAAGCUGAAAAUUGUUGCUUUCAGAGGCUUUAUAUGGAGUUAGGAUGAAAAUAAGGUGCAUUUCAAACUGUUCUGAGACCAGUGCAGACAGACAGCACAAUGGAGGUUAAGUCAUUCACUAAAUAGGGAGCAAGGGAGCAUCCUAUAGCUCUCUAUACAUCUAAGUGGAUUCAAUCCUAAAAUCCGUUCAAAAGUUCAGUUUCAGGCUGCAGAUGAUGUUUGGACCACUCAACAUGUUUGGCAGAAAUGGGACAAUGAUAAUCAGUACAUAGAUUCAGAAUUUUAUAAUGCUAAAUAUUAUUUUAACAUGAUUGACAGUGAUUGGAUGAUGCUGGCCAUUAAUUUGAAUCUGAAUUGAAUCUGAAUUAUUUAUUCAGCUGUAACGUAAUUUAAUGUCUGUAAUGUCUCAAAAACAUGAAUAAUCAACAGUCCUGGAAACAUGAUAAACAAUUUAAUAAUGUUUUUUUUUUUUUAAAGCAAAGAAAUGACUCUCUAUAGCUUAGUGUUAUUUAGAAUUUCACAACGUAGUCUCGCCGUCCACAUAUGUGGACAUACUUUUUUAGGAAUUUCUUUUAUUUUUUUAUUUUUAUUUUUAUUUUUAUUUUUUUUUUUUUUGCUUGUUUAUUAGGUGCUACUAGUUACAAAUCAAAAAGGGAAAUGGAAAAUGCACACAUCAGUCACACUCUGGUUUCAGGAGGUUAAGGUUUAGGGUAUGUAGGUCAGUUUUGUUCACUGUUAAAGAUUUUCUCAUCAAAAAACAGUAAAGAACUGGCAGCAGGUUUGCCAGCAUGUUACUGUAAAAUUAACAGUGUCUUGCUGUUGCUGAAAUUAACUGCUAGAUACUGUUUUAACAGCUACAGUAUACAAUUGUAAUUUAGCAGCAUAUAGCUGUCAAAUUACAUACUAUCUACUGUUGUUGAAAUUAACAGCUAUGUUCCCAGCAUGCACUGCGGCAUGAAGAAAUUACUUCGAUUUUUACUAUUUACUGGUUUAUUUUGACAUUGUUUUUGUUGUAGUCAAAGUUACUUGUAUUUUAAUGUUCAGCUUUUACUUUUUUACGUAAAAUUAUGUUUGAUAAUUGUCACCACUGUUGCUUUGUACACCGAGAGUUGAUUUCUGUGUGUCUUGAUAACAACUUGUGAUAUGUUGUAAGUUCAUCAAAAACAUAAAACACUCAAUUUGCUGAUAUCAUUUUGCUGAAAUAUCCUUUAUUGUUUUUACUUUUAUGUGUAAUGCAUCACUAUUGCCACAUAUAGUGCCAUUUGCAAGGUAGGAUCAGAUAUUCAGGCUGACCUUAGGUUUUGUCUUCCAAGUUGCACAGUGCAACAACUUGUCUUUUACUUAAACGUAAAUUGACUGGCUGGAAGAACAUAAUUUAAUAAUAAUGAAGGUCCAAGGUGCCAGCUCAAGAGAACACUAAUCACCAUAAUGAUGACUUCAAUCAAAACACAACUAUUGAUAACAAAACAACAACACUAAUUAAACUAAUACUUCUAUUAAAUCUGAAUAAAAACUUUUGUACUUUUAUUUUUAUUUUUUUACAAUUUUUGUAGCCCCAAUGCAUUUGCCAAAGCAUACAUACUUAU